CGAAUUUACCAUAGAGGACGGUAUUUACUACAAAGGCCAAACAUGGAAAUAUGCAGGAUGUGAUUUUUACUUUCCUGGAGCCUAUGAGAAACAGGGUGUCUGCCCAUCAAUGACUAGACCUGUUUGUUAUGUUUACAAUGGAGCUAUCUGCUGCGCCUCAGAGUGUCCAGGCUUAAGGCAGAUCGCAAAUCAACUACGAGGAAGCCUUACAGUCUGUCCCAAUGGCCCUCAGUUAGUAUCAGAGGCCCAGCACUGCAAUUAUUCAAACCAUUGCUUGCGGGACUUUUACAUCCAGAAUUGUUCAUCAGAGAAAACUUGUCAAGACGAGGACUCGAAUCAAUACUUUGAGGGAGCCACGUGGUCUGUUGGUAAAUGUAUUGAGUGCAGAUGCGUUCAAUGCAAAAUUCAGUGCUCAAGAAAGCUUAGAAGACUUGUCAAGACGAGGACUCGAAUCAAUACUUUGAGGGAGCCACGUGGUCUGUUGGUAAAUGUAUUGAGUGCAGAUGCGUUCAAGGCAAAAUUCAGUGCUCAAGAAAGCUUGUAUUAA